GAAUUGUUACGACAUUGCCUGGAGAUUUCCGUGUUUUCACUUAUCGUCCUGCACAAGGUGGUGGUUGCGUAGGCCUUGUUCAAGGGUAGAUGCACUUGGCAAGGAGUUGCAUGUGAUUUGGAGAUCAGUUUUGUGUAAUGACAGGUCGUAUCACCCUAAUGAUGUGCAGUUAGAGUGUUUAAUAAUGCAUAGAAUGGCUUUGGCUGUUGAGGUAAUGGAAGUGGUAUCUAUCUUUGAGUGGCAGAUAUGAAUAAUGGAAUAUUUUCAACAAGAGCUGUUGAAUAUUAGGGCGCAGGUAAUUUAGUACUGCAGCAUGAUUAUUACUAUUUAUUGACAGAUAACUCCAGUAAGUUUUAGACAAAUUGUAUGUAUCCACCGUGAGCAAAAAUAGUUCAGAAAACUUUUGCAGACACUAUUGAUGCAUAAAAAAAUCUGGACUGGAGUCACUUUUAUGAGUGGAGCGGAUCGAUAGGGCUGUUCCUAAAUGCGUUAGUGCUUCAAUCACUUGACUCCACUCCAUGUUUUCACUUUAACAGGCGCAGUGAGAGAAACCCAGUCAGAGCGAUUAUUGAGCCAGAUAAAAAAAAAAAAGAGACAUGUUUUGUUGCUGCAGCUGAAUUUAUGCGAUUUUGCUUAAGUGCACGAGAGAAAACACAUUGACGCAGUUUUGCCAAGUAAGACAUGUUCCUGGAUCAACAUCUUUUGUUGAUCCUGGAUCAACAUUAUUGUACAAAAAUAUAGAUUUAACCCAAUCUCUACCCCAAAACCUAACCCUACCCAUAAUUUAUUCAUAAAAUCAGUGAGAAAUGAUAGCUGAUUAACAAGGGUGUCGAAGCACCUAACCCAUUUCCUGAAAAGUUAUCCCUCAAUUCUGAUUGGUUAACUGGAAUGUUGUUCCAGGAUCAACAAGGAUGUUGAUCCAGGAACAUGUUGUACUUGGUGAAAUCACGCUCACCCUAUACUUACAUAGUCUGGAUUGAAAGUUAGUGAACAAACAGAAUUCACAGAGAAAAAGCAGCGCUGUCCAAUCAAAUUUGAGGAAUGAAGCUCUCUGUUGUAUAAUUGUCUUUCCCUGUCUCUCAUGAGACAUACAUUCAGACUUCAUUCACAGGAGUGUUUCGUAAUAUUUGUUCUUUUUGAGUGGGAUUCGCACCCACAGAGUUAUCAUAAAUAGAAGUGAUGUAUUGAAUGUACUGACAUUGAAUAUUCUGCAAGUGAAGCUGCUUGAAUCACACUGUCUAUAAAUAGAUGUCCCUUCAUGAAUUUGGUGAAGGUUUGCUUUAUUCAAAUGUUUCUUGUGUUAUUUUGUGGGUUUACUUUUUAAUUCAGUCAUUAAAUUUUACAUUAGAAUACAAAACGAAAACAUUGAACCCCAUGCAAAUUUAUUAAUUUAUUUAUUUUAGUGUAUAAGGCUUUGUAAUCUGCAUUACAUAUAUUUUACCUUAAAGGAACAGUUCGCCCAGAAAUUUAAAUCCUCACCCUCAUGUUGUUCCAAGCCCUUUUUUUUUUUUUUUUCCUGAGACACAAAAGAAGAUGUUAGGCAAAAUGACAGCCCAAGUCACCAUUCACUUUCAUUGCAUCUUCUUUUCACCUACAAUGAAAGUGAAUCAUUUUAACAUCUCUUUUUCUGUUCCACUGAGGAAAGAAAGUCAGACAGGUUUAAAAUGACAUGAGGAGGCUCCAUGUGCCACCCCAUUAGUGUGCAGUCUGGGCCGUCCCGUUGACCUUGAGAAGGACGACUACCAGCGUGUGGUGUGCAACAGUGAACUCUGCCCCUACGGCAAUUGGAUGCACCUGCAGUGCUUCUAUGAGUGGGAGAGCAGCAUCCUGGUGCAGUUCAACUGCAUCGGCCGGGCCCGCAGCUGGAACGAGAAGCAGUGCCGACAGAACAUGUGGACCAAAAAGGGCUAUGAUCUGGCCUUCCGCUUCUGCUCCUGCCGUUGCGGCCAGGGACACCUGAAAAAAGACACAGACUGGUACCAGGUGAAACGCAUGCAGGACGAGCGCAAGAAAAAGUUGCCGGAGAAAGGGAGCUGGAAGACCAGCAGUACUGCAUCCGCAGGUGGCGCUUGUGGUGGAGGUGGUCCGGAAGCUGCCGAUGAGCCCAAGAAAGGGAAGUCAUCUGCAAGCCAUAAGCUAGCGCACCGUGGCUCCAGUCAGGAACUGUCUCGCAGACAAUCAGCAGAUUGGCAGAACUGUCAGGAGAGAUGUCACGCUGUUCCUCCCAAUGCUGCCAGUGGGCUUUCCCACGGGCUCCGAUCCCCUUGUGAAUCCCCCGCUCAGUCCCCUCCGUCGGGCUUCUCCCCCUUCUCCCCCCAGUCCCUCGGUGGCCCGCGGAGUUCGAGGCACCUGGGCGAGUUUCUUAAGAACGCAGUUCAUACGGAAGGCCACAGGAAGCAUUUGCUGUCCGUAGGUGGGGCGACACGUGGCGGGGCUCAAUUUGAGCAGGGAGCUGCCAACAUGUGCCUCCCUCGGCUUUCUCCUGGAGACAACCCUGUGCAGUUCUUGAGGAGGCUGGAUCUUUCUGAGCUGCUCACGCACGUUCCACGCCACAAGCUCAACACCUAUCAUGUGCGAAUGGAGGACGAUGCCCAGGCCGGGCAGGGAGAGGAUCUCAGGAAGUUCAUCCUCUCUGCGCUCAGUGCGAGUCACCGCAAUGUGGUGAACUGUGCCCUCUGUCAUCACACCCUGCCCAUCUUUGAGCAGUUCCCUUUAGUGGACGGAACACUGUUCCUGAGCCCUUCACGCCAUGAUGAGAUUGAGUAUGAUGUACCUUGCCAUUUACAAGGGAGGCUGAUGCACCUUUAUGCCAUUUGUGUGGACUGCCUGGAAGGAGUGCACAAAAUCGUGUGUAUAAAGUGCAAGUCCAGAUGGGAUGGAAGCUGGCACCAGCUGGGCACAAUGUACACAUACGACAUACUGGCUGCAUCACCAUGCUGCCAGGCCCGGCUGAACUGCAAGCAUUGUGGGAAACCUGUCAUAGAUGUACGUGUGGGCAUGCAGUAUUUCUCUGAGUACAGCAAUGUACAGCAGUGUCCUCACUGUGGCAAUCUGGACUAUCACUUUGUAAAGCCAUUCUCUUCGUUCAAAGUUCUCGAAGCUUAUUGACAAAAGUUGCAUUUGCAUGCUAGUAUUUUUCCCUGUUUUUUUUAUUGAUAGAAUUACUUAUUUUGGGCUCUUGUCGACACUUUGUGUGGAAUUAGUUCUCUUUAGGAACAAAAUAGAAAGAAUUAAACAUACGAUGCUGAUCGUCGGAGAGCGUGUCUUUUAUUAAGAGAAAGAGGGUGUGCUUUGCGUAUAUUCUAACGCCAUCCUUGAAAUGUUUGAGCUUGCAUUUAAAAAACAAAGCAACAAUACUGUGACAAGUGAAUGUAUCUCUGUAUGCCAAAUUUGCUCUUUUGUACAAAAAAAACAAGAAAACAAUAAAAUACAUAAAAGGAUACUUCCUUUCUCAGAGUAAUUAAUAAUCAUUCCACGGCUUGGUCAGUUAUCUUUUUGAUCUCAAUCUCAUCCGUCCAGGGCCUGACUACAUAAUUCCUGUUUUCCAUAUCAAAUAGCAAUGCUCAAUGAACAUCAGUAUUGCAGUUGAAGCAGCUUCUUUGAUAAAAUAAUGAGAAGGCGCUCUCAUGUGGACAACCUUUGGUUUGUGAAUCUUGGAAGACAAGGCCGUUUAUUGAGUGAGAGAAAUCAAUCAAUUUUUAGAUAAAAUUUAAAUGUACUAGAACAGUUUGUGGAAACUCUUUUGGAAGAACAAACUCUUUUGGAAACUAAGGCAUGGUUGUUCUUGACUAAUAAUAAAGCAUCAUUAAAAUUAAUUCAUACAACAAGCAGCUAUAAUAUGUCAGUUAACGUCUACCAGACAGUUGUUGGCCAUGAUUUUUCUGCUAAAAUUAAAAUUUUAAAGCCUUAUACAUAUAUGUCAAAGAUUACAUCUAUUCUGCCAUACAAAACUACUACUAUGUACAGUAACUCAAGAUUAGAUGAUCUAAAGUGUACUCAGUCGUCUACACAAAGCUUAGUGAACACUAUUUUCAAUGUGUAUUUUUUAAUGUCUUUAUAUUUAAUGCUUCAGGCUAAAGGUCAAGUUAAGUACAGACCCGCUGGCUUCCUCAUUCCCACUCAUGACCAUAACUGCUGCUCCUAAUAUAAAUUCACAUUCUGUUAGAAGCCAGGACUGCCUGCAGGUAUAACUCAGUAUUCUCUGACUUGCUCUGAAUCUUAAAUUUUUAACAAAAUGUAGGAACAAAUGUAUUUGGGUGUGCUUGUGUAUUUGUAUGUGUUUAAUAGGACAAAGGCGGCUUCUUUGUGUACUUUGGAGUGAUGCUGUACAACCAAAAUAUAUCCAAAAGAUAUAAUUAUUUGAAACUGCAGUGCUUUAGUAUGUGUAUAAGGUACAGUAACCCAGAGUGGAAAAUUAUAUGAAGGCAUUUAUAUAUAUAUAUAUAUAUAUAAAUGCAGAUCAAUACAUAUUCACUUGCAGGUAUAGACACUGAAUCAUUUUGAACAGUGUAAGCAUAAAAGCUACUUGCCUUUUUAGGCUGUUGCCAUGGAAACUGCUGCUUGAGUAAAAAUCAUGGUGUGCAAUAGGAGUUAUUGUAUGUCAGUGACCAGCACUUAACAUAAUUCAUCAGCAAUAUAACUUAUUUUGAAAAUCCUUUUAUUAGAAGAUGCCCAAAAUGUAAUUUGGGGUUCUUGCUAAGGAAAUAAACACUAUUAUUGCUCAUACUUUGUAAAAACUUGAAGCACAUAACCUGUCCUGCUGCAUUUGUGCCAUCAACAUGAAUAAGCAAAUUUUUCAAAUUGUUUGGCUUAUUGAGAAGAUGUGUGCUUUUUAGAAGUGUGCGAUAUUUAUAGUCUACGAUAAUAUCGUAAUUGUUGUUUUAACGAUUUGCGAGCUGAGAUUAUGGAGUAUCACCCACUUUGUAAAUAAAAAAACUUAACAAAAAACACUUUGAGAGUUCAUAUAAUUCAAGUUAUGAAAGCAAAAAAUAUCCCUGUAUGUUUUUAAUAAUAAUAAUAUAUGAUAUAGUAAUAACACACAUGUUUUCCUGAACAUCAGCAUGUGAGCACAUUUGCAAAUGUGAUAUUAAUUUUAUAGAUUUUAUAGACAGAAGUGAACGAGUGCAGCGCUGAAAAGGUGCGCGGCUACAUAAAAUAUACACAACAAUUCAACAAACUUUAAGUUAAUAUAUUGAGUGAGUUACAUUUUAGAAACAAAAUUGUCGAUAUUGAAAGUCUUUUUUUCUCUUUCGCCAAUGAAAAUGGUUCCAAAAAUGCUGGAGCAGAACAAAUUAGUGGCCUCAGAGCAACACUGAUGUUUUGUUCCUGAAUGAAUCUGUUUUUGAACAAAUUGAGUGAGCUAACGGUUCAGUCAUCCAUUCAUAAAGACACUCGUAUUCACUUGUACUGAGAAUGAGGCAAAAGUGGAUGUUUCUGACAUUGUGGGUGUUCUCAAACUGGUGGGAUUUUCUAAAUCAUGCAAUGAAAAUGAUUGCCCUUACAUGACCCCACCACUAAACAUCACUAUGACAUGAGCCAAUCAGGUAACAUGGUUGAAAACGCCCCUCUCUUUUGGCUUCACCCACUGAUUUGGUAACUCCCAUUACUUUCUGGCAGAGACUUAAGGCCCUGAUAUGCUUCAAACGAAGUUCAUUUUCGUUCUUUGUUUGGGGGCAAAAAGAAGUUCGAAUAGGCUGAGCGAUGGUAUACUGUUUUCGAACAUUCCAACACUCCCGCGCUGCUGGAGGCAGGGCGUAGAUUAAUGUAAACGUGUCACGACGCUCGCGCGUCUGCCCUAAACACGACAACGAUGCAACGAUGGUGUAUCUAAGUCUUUUAUUAAACUGGAUAAAUUAUUACACGUUUUUAUAUUUUAUGUGGUGUCAAGAUUUGAUAAAAACAAAGGUUUAUUAUUAUAUGUUCUUUUGGCAUUUCAUUUAUUGUAUACCAUUUAAAUUCGCUUAUUGAAAGAACAACAACAGCAGCUUUACUCUUUCCUUUCAUUGCUUUGGAAAACUUGCAUCUGAUGUUUCUCUACAUCGCUUUUUGCAUAACUGAGGGUCAUCGACACCAAGUUUCAUUGCAAUUUCUUUCUAGGAAUUAAAUGCUUUCUCUGAAUCUUUAAAGUCUCUCAGCGAGCGAUUGUACAGCUCAGCUAUUGGACACAGUGUAUUUAUGUUGCUAGUAACUUGGAGAUGUUGUUCUCCUGCCUGACCUUUGUUGAAUGAGAAACGAACCGGGAAAAAAAAUUGCAAGUCAAAGAAGGUGGAGUUCCAGAACCCACCCAUCGAUUGCGUAAUCGCCACGGACCAAUGGUAGCUCAAAGGUGUUUAGGAGCCAAAACGAACUUCCCCAGAAAGUUCACUUUGGUGAGCUGUUUCGAACUGCCGAAACGAACUCAAAACGAACUUCGUUUCGGCCUGAUUUUGUUUGAAAUGAUGUCAUAUCAGUUCGUUCUUUGAUUUCGUUUGAAGUAUAUUGGGGCCUUUACCCUGCAUUCCAUUCAGAAAGGCUCAUCCCUAUGCCCUAAUCCCUUCAAAGGGUUUACCCUCCAGAGUGAGAGCUUCAAAGGGUUGAAGGGUGUAGGGGACCAAACAACUGUUUCUUUAAGUGCCCUUCAGCGUCAUCAUCCCGUGCCCACAUGGUGGCGCCGUCAUCAUGGAAAGAAUCAGUGCAAAGGAUCAUGGGGGCCGAAGUAUCCAUCAGUUGUUCCCUUCAAAAUCCUUCAUUCCGAAGGGCCCUUUGAAGUCGCCAGUUUUGAGCACUUCGGUUUGGAACGAGCCUUCAAUAUGGCGGCCAUGAUUGAAGUGCCCUUCGGAGGGUGAUAUAUCUCAUUGUCUUUUUUUAUUGAAUCAGCUGUUUUGAAUGAAUGAUUCAGUGAAUCACUUAUUAAAGGGAUAGUACACAUAAAAAAA